AUGGUGGGCACUCCGACCAGGCCGAUGGUGGGCUUGUCCUGCAAGGCUGCUACCACCAAAGGGCCUGAUUAUUACAAAUUGCUGUCGGUGAGUAGCGGCUGCAAUGCAAGCGGUGAAGAGAUCAAGAGGGCUUAUAGAGCCAUGGCUUUGCAGUAUCAUCCUGACCUGGUUUGUGAUCCUUUGCUCAAAGAGCAGUCUACCAAGAUGUUUGUUCAGCUGAAUGCGGCGUACAAGACGCUCUCUGAUCCUGUUCUUAGAAGACAAUAUGAUGACUCUAUGAUGGGUUUGAAUAAUGGGUAUUCCUAUGAGAGAGGAGGCUUUGAGGUGGAUAGAACCGUGUGGCAAAGGCAGAUUCUUGAGCUCAAGCGUCGGUCUGCAUGUCAAAGGGAUCGGUCGGUGUCGUGGGGUGGGAGAAUGCGGGCUCGGAAUUACUCGGAAUGUUAA